GCAAGUUUUCAUCAGAAUACACAAGGAAGUCUAGCCACAGCCAGCUCCUUAAACUCUAUCAUCGCUUGUUGAUCUUUCUCCUCCAAUGGGUCCCGGUACUCUAUGGAUCUUCUUGACUUUUGAAAUGAUCAUUGCUGUAACUUGUUGUCUGGGCAAUGCGCUGGUGAUCUGGGCAGUGUGGACAUGUGGAGCCCUCAGUCAGCCCACCUUCUGCUUCAUUGUGUCCCUCGCUGUGGCUGAUUUCCUGGUGGGGUCUGUGGUCAUCCCUGUGUCUGUGCUUGUGGAUAUUGGUAUAAACACCUCUUUUCAUGGCUGCCUUUUCAUGUGUGGUGUCAUCAUAAUGCUACAAGUGGCUUCUGUCGCUUUACUCCUGGCCAUCGCAGUGGACCGUUUUCUCCGUGUGCGAAUCCCUCUGACGUAUAGGUCUACAGUCUCUAAAAAACGUUCUUGGAUCGUGGUGGCACUCUGCUGGGUCACUGCUGCGCUGCUGAGUUUUAUCUCCAUAUUUGGAUGGCACAGAUCUUUGGGUGCGGACAGCACUGAAUGCAGAUUCUUUAAUGUUAUCUCCUAUUCAUACGUAGUUUACUUCAUAUUCUUCAGCUUAUACCUUCCUCCACUGGCUAUAGUGACAGGCUUGUACUGUUACAUCUUCCUCACCACUCGAAGGCAGUUAAGAGCAAAUAUAUGUGUGGCUGCCAUGUCCAGCACAUACUACCAAAGAGAACAUAGACUGGCUGCUUCACUGGUUCUGGUCUUGGUUCUGUUUGUUGUCUGUUGGCUCCCUCUGUUCCUCAUGGUUACUGUAAGAUUAUAUGGUCAUAACAUUAUGGUGCCCUCUGUUGCCAUUGACAUGGGUGUCGUCCUCUCUCAUGCUAAUUCAGCAGUUAACCCCAUAGUUUAUGCGUUUAAGAUCCCCAAGAUAAAAGAGGCGUGUAAGAAGCUGUGGAGAAGAGUCUGUCCUGACAGAGAACAGCAGAGUGGCCAGCCUGAGACCCAGAAUAAUACAGACAGAAACAUGAUCUUCACAGAAAACACCGGAACAAAAUACAACAGUACAGAAAACAGAAGUGCUACACAGCCGCCGGUGUUGUAAUAACCUACUGCAACUGCUGACUUACAGUAUAUGAGACGCAAAGACUAUAAUUGCUGUUUACAAAAUUAUGAUUGACCUCUCAGCUAUCAAAGGAAAACCUUUGGCACUGUUGGAACGAUUUGUUGUUUUAUCUUAAAAAUUCAAACCCCAUUUGUGUGAAAGUUAAGGCACUUUGUAAAAUGCAAUAAAACCAUUUAGUGUGAUUUUGUGAAAUUCUUUUGAAUCUUUUUAACUGGCACAAGUACAUAGAAAUCACUUAAUGUUUUGAUUGACCAGCUUGAUUGUAAUUUGUUAAUAAAAACACAUUUUGAAUUGGGACAGGGCAAAAAGAGAGCAAAGAGUAUACAGAAUAUUCAAGUUAUCAUGACUGGGUAUAGAAGGAGUGUCCACUAAAGGCUUGGUCUCAGCAAGCAAAGACGGACUCCAUAGAUUCCUGAGCAGCUGAGUCUUGGUUCAGGCAAGAAUGGGCAAAAUUUAGUGUCCUCAGUUCCAGUAAAAACUUUAAUGAAAAGAAAAGGUGAUAUUAUACAGUGGUAAACAUCUGUCUCUGGGUGUGUUGCAGACAUCCAAUUCUACAUUUUUAAGUUCUAGAACAUUGGAAAUCUUUGUACUUUUAUCAGUUAAAUAGAAUUUCAAGAGAAUUUAAAAAUGACAGAUUUGGGGGUCACAAUUUGGAAAUGUUGGAAUAGCAGUUUGGCGAACAUGCUCUCGCAGCCCAAUGGAAUAUUAAGAAAAUUUGAUAAGAGGCUGGAAAUUCUAAGACGGUGCAUUUAUAAUGCCGGUUGGACAGAGGAAGCUUAUGCUUGUGCCCAAAACACGGAGGAGUGAAGUGGAAUCCCUGUCAGAAGAAGCUAAUACUAAAGUGGAUAAAGGCGAUGAGGCCGAGCUUCAAGCCACAUGGGGCGAUAGCACUGACAGAAUGGACAGCAGGAUUACAACUGAGGUUCUCAAAAGUCUGGAGGCGCUGUUCGACAAAAAAGACUGAUCCACCUUUUGCAAAGGCUAGAGGCGUGUGCUGCUGACAUCUCAAAAAUUGAAUCACGAAUGACUGAAGCAGAUGCUCACGUAUUAAUUUCAGGAAUUCUACCUGGUUAGGUUGUGGGCCAGAAGGAUUCCCAUUGCCAUGUUCUACCCAGCGGUCCUCCGUGGCGGUGAAAUUUUUCAACCAACCGUGGAAUGUUGAGGCUCUCCUGAACAGCUUGCAGGUGAAGGCUUCACCUACAUUGUCUCGUCCUCCAGGGGAGCUGUUGACCUCUAAUUGAGGUGGACGAGAAGCUGCCAAUAGUCAAUGUAAUGUUUGAAGGCUAAAGUUUAGUAUAACUUUUGAUGCAGUAGUAAAUUUGUUGUUAAUGGCUAUGUUGUUACCUUCAAAGUUGGUAUUUUUAGCUUUUAAAUGCCUGUUGGAGUUAAAUGAGGCUCUAUAUGGGUUGAAAACAAGGUUACCAGGUA